GACCAAACAACACCCGAACAGACGCAGAAAGAAACCGCUCUUGUCUCAGUGUGAUUCGAACUUGUCUCAGCAUGGCCAGCACAAUGCUAUUCACAGCAGUAAUUGCUGCCUUCUUGUUCCUUGCAGCCGAAGGAAAAUACGAAAAGAGUGCGAGUUUCGUUGGCAAUCCCAACUGGAUUGACAGUGCUCACACCAAAAUUGGAGCUGUCUUCAAGUUCGACGGUGAAUUUAUAGCAGGCACUCAGGGAAAGUGGGCAAUGUACGCCUACGGUAGUGAUACAGACGUCAGUGACCAGGAAGAUUUGAUCCAGGGCUCCCCCCAAUUACUCAGCGAAGCCGACCAGGAUCAGGGUGACGAUGUGCACUUCGAAUCGCAACAAGCGGUUUUCACGGGAUUGAAAGGCUGUUCCGGAGAUCGUAAAAACUUCGGGUGCUUCAUCUUAUACAGAGGAGACAUAAAGAAGAUCAGCUUGUGCAUGGGUUUCCAACCCUCUUGCCCUGUACUAGAUUAAAACAUAGGCUUUGCGGUUGUACCAGUGAAGACCAGAGAUAAAAGGAGUACGACCAACGACAACGACCAAGACGGAAGAUUGAAAUUUUAAAAAGCAGAAUCAUCAACAAAUUAUAAUUAUGGCUUAGACUAUUGGUUAAAAAAUAAGAGCAACUUAAACAAAAUCUUUAAAUGGAAACCACAAAUUUACACAUUAGCAUGGAAGAGCAGAAACGUCUCUUUGGUCAAACCGUCUGACGGGUGGCUGAAUAACGCUCCAUCAUUUUGAAUCAUGAAUAUAAAUAUCAGGGUAUCGUGGCAGUGCGACAUAAAUACAGCAGUUUGUAGCAACACUAAAUACCUAGACAUUUGGAAAAGUCGUUAUUGGUCUGUCACUAUGAGAUAGUUCAGUCGUAGUGGUGACGUUAUGAUUCAGGUUUCCGCAAGCGAAAACUGCUCUCGUCGAAUCACUUGCUCUCGCGCGAGCUGCUGGUUAAGGACUAUACUUCCCAUUAACAGAGGGGAGACUGCACAUUGCGAGAGCAGUAUCUCCCCUGAGUCAACAGUCUCGCGCGAAUAUCGCCAGUGUCGCGGGAAUCGGUAAAGAGAGAGUCGGGACGUACGUACGCUAUCACCGUGACAGACAUUUAACGACAUUUAACGACUUGUUCACAAGUCUACAGUUAUUCAAACUGGUUGACAAUGCUGAAUAUUUAAGUAAUGGAAACACGCUUUAAUAAAAAAAUAAAAAAUGGUUGAGGAUUGUCUAUCUUUCAGUGAAAUUUGUUGAAUUUUCAGAAUUAUUUUCACAAUAACUGAAAGUAUACACAUAAAAUGCCUUUAUUGAUUAUGCCUUUCUGUUGAAAGCGAUAAUAUGCGAUUUUUAUUAGAAAUGCGCAGACCAACUUAAACAGAGUUAUUUGAAUUAAAAUCAAUCAGAAUAAAUUAUUCACAUUUACUUCCUCUGUUAGAUAAGUUUGUUAACUGUUUGUUUCUAAAGGUUUGGUGUCUUACUUGCUGUUCGUAUAAUUGCUGAUUUGUGAUGAAACUAGGAUCUCGUAUUGUGAGCAAGCAACGUUUGAAUUACCUCGCCUGGUAACAUUCUGCUAUUAAAAACCAUAUUCUGCAUAA